AUGAAGCUUCGACCGAGCAGGGUGGUGUACAGGCUCAUCUCAAUGAAUGAGCGAGUCGGUUUGAAGAGGUCCUUUGUGAGUUGCCCCACGGUGGGCAAGUCGCUUGGUGGGGGAGCCAAGCAGGUCAUCACCCCCCGAGAGGGCACUGUACCAAUCUGGAAGGAAGAAGGGAGUAACAACUCCAUGCGAAGAGUAACAACCAGUAUUAGUGUCGGCCCCGAAGACAGGGUCUACAUCACUGUAGGGUUUGACCACCACUGCCGCGCGUUCCGAAACAGAGUGUCCCCAGUGGUAACCCCGCUCUGCCAAAUCAAGGGGAGCAACAACCCCUUUUACACAAAUAAUAAUGCAAGGAAGAAAUUUUCCACAAAGGUGUCGAGGGAUGAUACGGAGGGGAGCAACUCCUUCCAAGGACAGGCAAACAAAGGGGGGGGUAAUAUUAAUUAUUCCUCUGAAGCGUCCAAAUCACAACAGGGCAAUCACCACGAGAAGACAAAAGAAAGUUUUGUCACAAGUGAUCACUCCCCUGUCCGUGGUCCCAACGGCACGUCACAAGCAGGAGAAGAAUACACGAACGUGAUCGAAAUGAUGAAAAAAAAAAAAAUAAAAACAAAUGAAAAGGAAAUGGGGAAAAUUGCAAAAAUGUGCAAAAAGGGAACCAACGGAAUGAAGCUAAUUUUUACCUUUAUAAAAAAAGCAGGACAACAAAUAAAAAUAAUAAUUAUACAGCCAUCCAUGCUGAAGGUAUACUGGGCUGAUUUAAAAAAAAAUAUAAAACACACAGUGGUGUGGGUCAAAACAGGAGUCCUGUUAUUCCUCACAAAUAUGAAAAUUUCAAAAAAUUUAAUUAUAAAAAGGUUAAAGGGACACAGACUGUCUUACUCAGAAUACAAAUUGCUAAUUCGCACAAUGAAUGACAUGUUCAAAUUAAUUCCUUUUUCCUUUUUCAUCAUUGUACCAUUUGCAGAAUUCUUACUUCCUGUGUUUUUGAAGAUUUAUCCAAAUUUAUUACCUUCUACUUUUAAAAACAAUGAUGAUAAUUUUGUAAAUAUAAAAAAAAAUUUAUAUGCAAAACAACAGCUAGCCAAAUUUCUGCAACAGCUAAUUGAAGAAAAAGAAAAACAGCUAAAUGAAAAUAUUGGAAUUGACUCUGAAAAAAAAAAAAAAAUUUUAUUGAAAUUUCACCAACAAUUAAUUAAUAAAGAUGAAAAAGAUGUUAACCCCUUUUUAAGUGUAGGCGACACUUUAAAAAUUGCAAAAAUUUUUAAGGACGAUUUUGUACUUGACCAAAUGAAUUUAAAAACGCUUCAAACCAUUUGUCACCUCCUUGGAUUGAAGCCUUAUGGAAUGCAUUACCAUGUCGUGCUCCAACUGAGGCAUCAUUUUCUUCGCCUACAGAGGGAAGACAGGGAACUUAUGUACGAAGGGGUAGACAAUUUAAAAAAACACACAUUGAUAGAAAUAUGCAAAGAUAGAGGUAUGAAUUUUAACACCUCCGAGGAAGAGAUGAAAUUACAAAUUCAACAGUGGUUGGAGUUGGCUAGCAUUAAGGAAGUACCUUACAUUCUACUCCUCUACAUCCGCUGUGUUGUCGUUACACAUGCUAUCAUGGACAUACAAGACACAGAAAAGGUCAACAAGGAGACCACAGAGAAAGAUGUAAAAAAUGCUGCCCUUGAUAAUAAACAAAAACUUAUACAAGAGGCCAAGGAAAAACUCGAUGAUUUAAAAAUGAAGGAACAGGAAAUUAAAAAAAACAUUAACAAGGAGACGAGCGAAGAGGAAGGGGAAGUGGUUCCCCCACCCAAGGACAGCAAAAUGAAAAUAGACUUUCUCAAGAAGAACAAAUACCUGCAGAAUGAGCUCAACCUUUUGAAGCAAAUUUGCGACUUGCAGCACACGGAGCUGAAGAUUGCCUUCACGUCCUUGACCGACCUCGCGGAGAAGAAGCAGACCUGCAACAUCAACGAAGUGAUAAAAAAAAUGUCGGAGAGACUUCUCGACAUUGAAAAACACAUCAGCGAGUUGAAUGCACACAAGCAGAUCGAAAUGGAUGAAUAUUUUUACCCAGAAGAAGAAAAGGCCGACGAUGUCGUGAAUAUAAAGAACUGA